AUGUCUGCAAAACACCAAGAAAGAAAGGAGCAGGAAAGGCUGGACUUGGGGACAAGGUGGGGGCCAAUGCAAGAAAGGAUGUCAACUGAUGUCUUUUGGAGCACUUUGGAGCAUAUGGGACGUGAGGAGCAUGGAAGGACUUGGUGCAUGGACGCAGCUCAACUGGACACGCAAAGGAAGAAAGAGGAGGCCAUCUUGAAGACCAGCUCGACCACCUACUCGACCACCCGGUCGAGUUCCUCAACUGGACCGGCCAAGUUCAACUCGAUCGAGCUGAGAAGUCAAAGUCAAACCCGAAAAAUGUUGCUUCCCCCUUGA